AUGGCCGGCGACCGCGGCCGCGGGGCCGCGGAGAGGGUGGCCGCCGCCGUGGAGGCGGUGGGAUCCGGUGGCUGGGAGUUCCGGAACGCGUACAGGCGCCAGCUGCUGGCGCUGUCGCGGCGGAUCCGGCUCCUCGGCCCCUUUGCCGAGGAGCUCCAGGAGGCGCGCCGUGGGCCCGCGGAGGAGGAGGAGCAGGAGCGGGCACUGGCGCCGCUCGCCGACGCGCUGGAGGAGGCGCUUGACCUGCUCCAGCUCGGCCGCGACGGCAGCAGGAUCUUCCUGGUCCUUGAUAGGGAUAAAGUAAUGAAGAAGUUUCAUGAAUCAAUUGCUCAGCUGGAGCAAGCCUUGUGUGAUUUUCCAUACGAUAAAUUGGAUAUAUCUGAUGAAGUUAGAGAGCAGGUUGAGUUAGUGCAUGUACAGCUCAAAAGAGCCAAAGAACGGGUUGACAUGCCUGAUGAUGAGUUCUACAAUGAAUUACUUUCACUGUAUAACAAGAGCCAUGACCCAAGUGCUGAAUUGGAUAUCCUUGGAAGAUUGUCAGAAAAGUUACACCUGACGACCAUCACUGAUCUCACACAAGAAUCCCUUGCUUUGCAUGAGAUGGUGGCAUCUGGUGGAGGUAACGAUCCUGGAGAACACAUUGAAAAAAUGUCAAUGCUAUUGAAGAAGAUCAAGGACUUUGUGCAAACUCAGAACCCUGAAAUGGGCCCACCGGUGACUACCAAGCUAAUGGAUUCCAACGGGCAGCCAAGACCUGUAAACAUUCCUGAUGAGUUCCGCUGUCCAAUUUCUCUUGAGCUGAUGAAAGACCCCGUUAUUGUUGCUACUGGCCAGACAUAUGAGCGGACAUUCAUCGAGAAAUGGCUAGCUUCUGGGCAUCAUACUUGUCCAAAUACUCAACAGAGGAUGCCAAACACGACACUGACACCAAACUAUGUUCUUAGAAGUCUUAUUGCGCAGUGGUGCGAGGCCAACGGGAUUGAUCCACCGAAGCGCUCAACGCAGCCUGACAAACCCACAUCUUCAUGCUCUCCGAGUGAACGUGCUAUCAUCGAUGCUCUUCUCUCCAAGUUAUGCUCUGCAGAUCCUGAGGAACAGAGAUCAGCUGCUGCAGAGCUCCGGCUCCUAUCAAAGCGGAAUGCAAAUAAUCGGAUCUGCAUUGCUGAGGCUGGUGCCAUUCCCUUACUAUUGAGUCUCUUGUCGUCAUCUGAUCUGCAGACUCAGGAACAUGCUGUGACUGCACUUCUGAACCUCUCUAUACAUGAGGAUAACAAGUCUAGCAUCAUAUUAUCUGGUGCUGUCCCGGGCAUAGUUCAUGUUCUGAAGAAUGGAAGCAUGCAGGCACGGGAGAAUGCUGCAGCCACCCUUUUCAGCCUAUCGGUGGUUGAUGAAUACAAAGUAACAAUUGGGGGAACAGGAGCUAUCCCUGCCCUUGUAGUUUUGCUAAGUGAGGGCAGCCCACGUGGGAUGAAGGAUGCAGCAGCUGCUCUAUUCAACUUGUGUAUUUACCAAGGGAACAAGGGACGUGCUAUACGAGCUGGCCUUGUGCCACUCAUCAUGGGGCUCGUGACAAACCCCACUGGUGCUCUGUUGGAUGAGGCUAUGGCGAUACUCUCAAUACUGUCCAGCCACCCUGAGGGUAAGGCUGCAAUCGGGGCAGCAGAGCCAGUUCCCGUGCUUGUGGAGAUGAUUGGAAGUGGGUCACCGAGGAAUAGGGAGAAUGCUGCAGCUGUGAUGUUGCACCUGUCUGUGCAUAACGUGCAUUUAGCUCGGGCACAGGAGUGCGGCAUCAUGGUUCCGCUACGGGAACUGGCCCUGAAUGGCACAGAUAGGGGGAAAAGAAAGGCGGUGCAGCUCCUUGAGCGAAUGAGCAGAUUCUUAGUUAUGCAACAUGAGGAUAUUGCUUCCCAACAGUUGGACGAGAUCGAGCGUCCACUUGCUGCCUUAGGACCUAAUGUUACAGAGGCUGAUCUUGACCAAUUGGGAUUUCUUUAA